AUGCUCGAGAGAGCACCAACCCCCGAGGAAGAGGCAGAGGCGCCGCGACGGCUCGCGCAAAUGGGAAUGGGAGGGGCGCAACCCCCACUAGUGAAGGUCUUUUGCAACGGAUCCGAAACGAUCUCAAGAGAGGAGCGGACACUGAGACAACAGGGCGAGGAAGAGGUGAGGCGCGGAGCCAGCAGGGCAACAACACCUUCGACACCCAGUCAGCGAGGGCGUGGUCGUGGAUUCGCAAACAAUUCGAAGACGUUCAGUACCCCAAAUUCGCAAACCUCGACAUCUGGGUCCCGAAGGGGAUCUCCCGCGCCCGCGAGAGACCGGAACCUCAUGAACACCAAAUAUGCCGAAUUCCAGACGCUCAAACAAAGCCGUGAAGAGGAACGUGCAAAAGCCAUUCGUGAUGGAUUUUUGGCAGAUCCGGAGAAGAAAACAAGCCUGGAUAAAGCCAUCACCCCGGUCGGCACUUGCACGGAUAUGUGUCCACGAUUCGAAAGGGUGGAGCGCAUUGUCCAGAACAUGGUCGACAGGGCGGAGAAGGAGCGCGAUGAUGAAGACGGGAAAGACUGGCCGGCGGAAGAUCGCAUGGUCAAACGGUUUCGUCGCUCUGCUGCGGGCUACGAUGAGCAGUUGCCCUCAGAUAUCCGGACGCCGGAGACUCUCAAGCGCACGCUGGACUACCUCUUUGACAAGGUGAUUGGUGGUGCCGAACGACUCGCCACGGUACAAAAGUUUGUUUGGGAUCGAACUCGAGGAAUCCGGAACGACUUCUCCAUCCAACAGGUCACCAAUGCUGCGGACGUUAAGCUUGCCGUGGAGUGCUACGAGCGUAUCGCCCGUUUUCAUGUUCUCUCCCUGCACCAGCUGUCGAAUCCCGACAACCUCCUGGAAGGAGAGCACUUCGACGCCUUUCAAGAAAGAGAACAGCUCAACAAUACGCUGCUAUCCCUAAUGUACUACUACGAUGACCAUCGAGACCGUGUCCAUUUCCCCAACGAAGCAGAGUUUAGGGCGUACCUCGUCAUCUUUGAGAUCGUAUCUCAGACGCCGAACUUGGAAGACCGCAUGCAGUCGUGGCCGGCCAGCGUUCUCAACGACCCUAGAGUAAAGACGGCGCUGAAGCUCUAUGCCGCUGCAGGAAACACUACGCUGCCUCUUGGACCUCUGCAACCCCUGGCGACUGCCGCCAUCGCGCAGGGCAAUGGAGGGAGCUUUUGGAAUGUACUUGCCUCGAGAUCGGUUCCGUAUAUCAUGGCGUGUCUUGCUGAGAUGUAUUUCGCCGAGGUCCGAUUUGCAGCUUUGGAUGCUCUGUGGCGAUCACUCAAGCAGUCACCUCUGGGUCAACAAGCACGAUCCAGGGAGUGGAGCCUCCACGAUGUGACGGACUUCCUGGGAUUCGAUUCUGAAGAUCAGACCAGGGAAUUCUGCGAGGCUUUUGAACUGUCAUUUGCCACGGACGAGAAUGGAGGGGGAUACCUGGACCUCCGGGCGAACUCUGCUAUGUCUUUGGACAAGUCAUCGACACCCGGACAGCAAGUCUUCUCCCACAAAUUCGUCGAAAAGAAGAGAUACCGCCGGACCUUUACCGCCGUGGUCAAUGGUGUGACCGUCGCGGACGCGAUUCGCUCGGGCGCGAUUGAACCCGACGAAGGAGAGCACGGACGAGCCGAAUACGACCCUGAAGACGACGCUGAGAGCAUGUUCGUCGCCGAGGACCAGCCGGCUCCUUCCCCCGCCAACUCGUUAAAGUCUGGCUCCUCACUCGAUCCAACAGCCUCAGUCUUCACACCAGCAUUUGGGAACACUCCGACCUCAUCGGUCUUUGGAAAGCCAGCAACGGAGUCACCCUUUGGCACGUCGACAGCAUCUACAGGCUUUGGGAGUACAAGCAAUACUCAUUCAGAGCAGGGUACCACGGCGUCGACGUUUGGGAAGCCCUCCGAUGCCGGCGGCUUUGGGUUUUCUUCCACAACUACUCCAUCCGGGUUCCCGUCAACCUUUGGCAAGCCAGCUGAUUCUGGCGCUUUCGGCUCCAGUGCUGCAAACUCUCCGUCCAGACUAACGACACCGUUUGGAAAUUCGACAACCCUACAGCCACAGUCGGCAACCUCAACAGAUCCCCAGCCGCAACCAGCGACCUCGACGCCUGGUGUUUUUGCUACACCUGCAGCCCCCGUCUCUACGGAAUUAGCCGCUGGAGGCUUUGCGUCGUCCACAGCUCACUCCGGUUGGAAUUUUGGGCAGUCUGCUUCUGCAUCCCAGCCUAAGCAACCUGCCACGGCCGCUUUCGGGACAAACUUGGGAUCAACGACAACCGCGCCUCCCAGCUUAUCAUCAGGGAGUACUUUUCAACCCCUCUUCGGGCAGCAACCCGCGUCACAGGGGUCAAUCUCUCCUGUGCCUGCAAAACGGGAAGACAAGACAACGACAAACCCAUUUCCCUUUGCCAGCUUUCAAUCGCCUGCCGCAUCCAACCCUCCGAGUCAAAUAUCAGAAAACAAACCAGGGACGUCCGCGUUCACCCCACCAGCCUGGCUCACAUCUCAAUCACAACCAACUCAGCCGACUUUAGGUGCAGCCCCCUCAUUACCAUCCUUCACUAAACCAUCACAAGAACCACCCACCACUUCCACUGGAUUUGUCAAAACUCCUUUCAAACCAUUCUUCGAUUCGAAAAAGGAUAGUCAGCCCUCCCUUGACACCGCUUCUCCACAACAGCAUUCUCAGAAGCCGACUUUGACACCGACCCCUGCCUCACGUCAACCUCAGCGCAGCACAACUCCUCCACAUUCUCCACGCCAAACCCCUGCCCAGUCUGUCUUCACCCAAGCAGAUCGGCAGCGACUCGCUGCGAACGUGGCACGUAUUGGAUUCACUCAGCCGAACGGCCUCCUUCACAGUUUCCUCGAAUUCGCCCUGCGGGAAUUGUUGACGACUGCCUUCAAGCAACACCAACAGGAGCUACGUGAUGCAGCCAUUGCAUCUGUCCGUGGACGCAUCCUUGCGCGAAAAUUUGGCGUCCUCUGGAGACAACGAGCUUGGAACAACAGCCUCAAUCGACGUGCGAAGAACAGACGCCAACUCUUUGCAGAGACAAUCAGAGCUGAGCAAGCAAGAACGCAGAGAAGUGAUGAAGAGCUGGAGGAGAUACUGAAGGCAGCUCAAGAGUCCAGACGGCUUCAAAAGGAAGUCGAAGAGGUUGUCAAAAUGCAAAAGGAACCUUCUACGAUGCCAAAUGGUAACUCAGUGGUCAAGCUUGCUGGACAAAAGCGUAAGAGCUUCUCUGGUCAAGACUUGGGAGCCAGCACCAUAUCAUCGUCCAACAGAGCGACCUCAGUCUCCGGUCACAAGAGGUCGAAGACGAUGAGUACCUCGAGGCAUUCAAGUCCAGCAGGGAGUGGUGCGCCAUUUGGUGCCAGCUUCCGUUCGUCCACCUCAAGGCCACCUCAACACGUCUCGAUCUUCUCUCGUGCCUCGACUCUGGGACGAUCGACCAGCAACUCAGAUUUGCGCAAAUCAGCGUCAUCUCAGAAGCUGGAUGUCACGCGCACGGACUAUUUCAGGCUCAAGGCUAUGGGUCUCGAUCCGGAUACGCCAAUCGUACCGGACACGAAAGAGACGCUGGCUUUCCGUCGACGGCGAGAGGCCGAAGAAAGACAAGCAAGCAUUAACAGAGCCAAUCGUCGCCUCCGAACCUCAAUCUCGGAUCAGAGUCCACCGGCCGCGAUGCCACCUCCCCCGCUGCCACGUGCUCAAACACCCGAGACUCAACAGACACCACGAAGGACACCUACUCCUGCUCCUACCCCUAUUGAGGACGACUUCCUCAAGCAGAUCCGAGAGGCACGAGGGGCAAUGGCCGAGCAGACCGAAUGGUUCAAGCAGCAAGCCGUCACUUUGGAGCAAGAGAUCGCCCAAGAAGACGAGUUCAGGAAAAGCCAGAGCAGUCUGAAUGGUGCUAGCAGUCCUGUCUCGUCAAGCGGUCUGGCUAAAGCCAUGGGAUACGAAUACCUUCCAGCGAAUACAAAACCUGGCUUUCCACUUUCCAGGACUGAAUUACGCAUCCGCCAGACUGGUGCUCACGGCCUGGCCACUAAACCUCCACGCUCGACGCCGGACUACGUGGCCGUGGCCAUGUCCAAGAAAAGUGCACUCAGUUACAGUGGCGGAUCACAAUCACAUUCCAGUCCUGGCAGGAAACGAUCGCACAACGAUGUGGAACCCUCGGAUGAGAUUUCGAACGCCCACAAGGCUGCCCUCCACGCUUUGAAGCGUCCUCGCGCUGCAUCGAAUCAUACGCAGGUGGCCGACUCACCUGAGAAGCCAAGGUCGACGGCUCGAAAAAGUGGCGGAAACGGAAACCCAUAUCAGUUGUUGCAGUCCGUCGGUCCGGAUCAGGGAGAAGGAGAAGAAGACCUGUAUGGGAACGACGCUGAUACGGCAGAGUCUAACGAUGAGGAAGAAGAACACUCUGGACAAUCUGCCCCUGGAUCUCACCCUGCCUACUUCGAGCAAAAUGGCAACCACGCUGACGAUGAGGACGAAGAGGAGCUAGACGAAGAGGACGAGGACGAAAACGAGGAGUCCUACCUCGAAGAAGAAGAAGGCUACGAGGAUGAGGAUGACGAGGGAGAAUUGGACGAGGAAGACCACGAGGGCUACGAGUACCAGUAUCCUGUACGGUAUUUACAGGGUGAAAGUGGUCAGGAUGGGGAUGAAUACGAGGACGAGGAUGCAGCCACACCGGCUUCGAACCCCCAAGUCAGUCGAGCGGCCAGCAGUGCCCCGGGCGCGAGUGUGGACGACGCGUUCGUCAUUGAUGAUAGUGAUUGA